AUGACGAACGGUACGCGAGUAGAAAGACCCGAACCACCGGCCCCACGAAUAAUUGAUCAACAAUUGAUCGAGCCACGAAAUCAACGAAUAAUCGAGGAACGAAGGAGCCAACGAUAUCGAACUACUCCCCAAGAAAUAUCUAUUAUAGAAAACGGUCAUGAAACGUUUCGCACCACUAUUCCCACGGUGGGAACGACUCAGUUAGGCUUGUGGCACACCAGAAGCGGAUCCGAAUCACCGCAAACAUUUAACAGCGAGAAUACCGCUAGGAAACAAAUUCUUUUCAACGACAUCAGUACCUCGAUCGAAUUUCAACCGGUCCAAGAAAUGUCACAUUAUUCACCGCGACAGGAGAAAAGAUUUAUGCUUAAGGAUAAUAAAAAUAAUCCAAACAAAAACAAAAAUCAAAACGAGAGAAAAGAAACUAAUGAAUAACGGAUUGCGUGAAUCUUGAUUUACAGAUAAGGGAAAUAAAAUGUAUCCAAUUU